UUAUAGAAAUCCAAAUAAAACAGAUGCCUUAGAAAUUGCUUUACACUCAUUCAGAACGCAUAUGAAUCAAGCUUACGUGAUGCCUGACUCUAGGGUGUAUCUAUUAAUAGAGGUCGAUAGAAAUGUCUGGGAAAUAUGGGAUGGUUUUCGGUUGAGUGUUGCCAAAGAAGUUCAAGUGUCCCGAGUUGGUGUAGUGACACCGGAACGAGUGAAAAUUAAACUCUCCGAUCGGACGAAUUUUAAGCGUGUCGUUCUUUCGGCGUCUACGGUAAUUUUAGAACCAAACAGUUUUCAUGGUUGGGAUAAACCUUUACUUACUCACAAUUUAGAUUCAUUUGCUCAUAUGCAUUAUGCAAUUUGUAUAGUAUUAGCGGAACAAUUGAACUUCACGUUAAACUUAAGCUUGUCUUCCGAUUAUGGAUGGAAUUAUGGUAACGGGACGUAUAGCGGCUUAAUAGGAAAACUGCAAAGAGAAGAAAUUGACUUUACAGCUGCCGGUGGUCUGAUGAGAUCAGAUCGAAUGGACGUUGGUGAUUUGACAGUCGGAACAUUCAUAGCUCGAACUGUUGCUAUUUAUAAACAACCUCCUCUAUCCAGUGUCAACAACAUUUUCACUCUGCCAUUCAUGCCUAAUGUCUGGAUAGUGAUGUUUGUCAUUAUGUCAGUAUUUACCGUUGCUCUGAUAUUUUUCACAUGGACAUCCAAUUGGUUACAAGGUGCAAAAAUGAAAAUCUCGAUCGCACUAGAUUCAAUCACCUUAGUCUUUGCCGCUAUUUGUCAACAAGGUCUGUUAUUAGCGGCUGCCCACUACUCAAUACCGGCGCGAAUUGCCACAUUCACUCUCUUCCUUUGCGCGGUGUUUUUAUUCACCUCGUAUGCUGCUUGCAUUGUAGUUUUGCUACAGUCAGCUAGUAAGACGAUCAACACUAUCGUUGACUUGGCAGACAAACCGAUUACGUUCAGUGCACAAGACACAAGACAUAAUUACAUAUAUUUCAAUGAAACGACCGAUGCAAAUAUUAAGAAAAUCUAUCUCGAAAAGUUGAAACCACAAGGCACAAAAGCGUUUACUAGUCCAGAGAUAGGCGUAGAACGGGUUCGAAAUGAAUUUCAUUCUUAUUUGGUGGAAAUCACUGUGGCAUAUCAUAUAAUAGCUAAGACAUGGCAAGAACAUGAAAAAUGCAGUUUAUCUGAAACGGAACUUUAUAAAAUACCACUUCUUACGUUAUACGUUGUAAAAAAAUCAGGAUACAAAGACGUAUUUAAACAAAAAAUGAUACAACAAAAUGAAAUCGGCUUAAAAUAUCGAAUUACCAAGAAGAUAAUGCCACAAAAGCAAAAGUGUAUUUCAGCAAACUCGGGCGUAAUACGCUUCGACAGUGUAUCAAUCAAAGAAAUUUACCCAGCAUUAUUAUUUCUCGGUUACGGUAUAUGCAUCUCAUGGUUACUAUUAAUAUUUGAAUAUAUUUAUAAAACUCAAGUAGAUAAAUAG